AUGAACGGUCUAAAGGCUUCGAUUCUGGUAUUCAGCUCGGAGCCGUCUCCGUUCGGCAGGCCUCACGUGAACAUGGAUCCCGAGGUGAUCGGUCUUCUGCGUGAAAUCGACUGUUUACACAAGCUGCAGUGUCCGAUUCAGCCGAUUGCCAUCGAAUUAUGGCUCAAAGCAGACUAUCUUAAGGAUUAUUAUGAACAAUUGAAGGUGAGCUCGUUGGCAGGACUGAACUAG